GCGCAUGCGCGGUGGCCCGGAAGCAGUGCGAGCCGCUAUGGCGAUGGCGGAGAAGUUCGACUCGCUGGAGGAGCACCUGGAGAAGUUCGUGGAGAACAUCCGGCAGCUCGGCAUCAUCGUCAGCGACUUCCAGCCCAGCAGUCAGGCCGGCCUCAACCAGAAACUGAAUUUCAUGGUGACGGGCCUACAGGACAUCGACAAGUGCCGGCAGCAGCUUCACGACAUCAGCGUGCCCUUGGAAGUGUUUGAAUACAUAGAUCAAGGUCGCAACCCUCAGCUUUACACUAAGGAGUGCCUGGAGAGAGCUUUGGCUAAGAAUGAGCAAGUAAAAGGAAAAAUUGACACAAUGAAGAAAUUUAAGAGUCUAUUAAUUCAAGAACUAACAAAGGUAUUCCCAGAAGAUAUGGCAAAGUACAAAGCUAUUCGAGGCGAGGAUCCUCCUCCUUAAAUAGACCUUUAAUAGCUCUAAAUACAUCAAUUCUACGAACUGAAACCACGCUCAAGAAAAAUAUCAACUGAAGUAACAGGGUAUCCAAAAACUUCAUUAACAACUCUACUAAAAAUGGAAUUGAUAGGAUGUAAAGGAGCUUGAUGAUCGCUCGUGGUUCUGGACUGAAGAUAAUGCAUCUUCCUGAAGACUUUCACUCAAGGAUUGCAGUUGAAACUUCUCGUGGUACUCUGUUCUUUCUUGAAAGAUUUCAGAGAUGUUUUGAUAAUUUUCAGGCGAUUAUAUGGCAUUUCCUACGGAGUGUGGUUUUGGAGCAAGAGAUCGUGGUGGCAGUGGUUGUUGUGGUUUUAUUUUUUUGCUUUCUAAAAAGCGUGCUCCAACAUUAUGGGUUUUUUGACAAAUGUAUUUAUUCUUCUUGAUUGUUUUUCACUUCUGAACUUUUUUUAUAACAGUACAAACAGUUGACUCUUAUCUUGCCAAAUUCUGGUGAACAGGAGCCUGUCAAGGACUCCAGUUCGUGUGUGUCAUAAUGAACUGCAGCCAAAAAAACCUUGAUGUUUGUUGCGUUCUGUAAGCUGCAGUGCAGAUGGCUGAUAUUGAAAGGGAGCAUGCUUGGGGAUUAGCUCCCCAACAAUGUAUAUGUUGGCCUUUGUUAAAUGCUAAUUACUUUCUGUAAGCAGGUUGUAGAAUAAAAAAAAUUGUGAAAAUGA